AUGGCUUCAGCAGCUCAAAGUGGCAAAGGAGGGCAUUCUCGGAAGACACCAUCUAAUUCCAACCCUCUUAAAGUUAAUAUUUACUUCAAAUCUCAGUUUUUGUUUGAAGGGAAACGCGUCACAGCUGCAACCACUCCAUCUCAGCUGGGAAUUGAGGAUAACGAUGAGAUCGAAGUGAUGAUGCACGGCAGUGGUGGUGGAUUUUGCUCGCCCAUUGAUGCUCUCAACCACUACAUAGGAAAUUAA